GCGAGGCAAAUCAUACUCAGAUGAGGCAGGGAGAGGGGAUCGUGGACGUUCAACGUUCAAAGAGGAUGAAUCUAUACCUGCCAUGUUCCGCGCUCGCCUAGCAGAUUAUUUUAGAAGCGGUUAUGAUCGUGGUCACAUGGUGCCAGCUGCGGACGCGAAGUCUUCUCAGUCGGCGAUGGACGAAACGUUCCUAUUGACUAACAUUGCCCCUCAAGUCGGUGAUGGAUUCAAUCGUCAUUAUUGGGCAUACUUGGAAGACUGGUGUCGUAGACUCACUAGUUCAUUCUCAGAAGUAUACGUCUUCACCAUUCCACUUUACCUUCCCAAAAAACAUCCCGACGGGAAAUGGAAGAUUACUCACGAAAUGAUAGGGGAAAUGGCUAACGUUGGCGUUCCAACACACUUCAGUAAGGUGGUCCUCGCGGCAAAACCAUCGUCGCCUUCCACUCCACACAUCGCGGAGUUGUGUCUAGGCGCAUUUGUGCUACCAAACACAGAAAUUCCUGAUGAAGCACCUUUGGAGUCGUUCAUGAUACCAGUCGACGCUGUGGAAAGAGCAUCAGGAUUGGUGCUUCUCCCAGAUUCUGUGAAAUCCAGUGCAAAAAACAUUUGCAGGACAACGUCAUGCCAAUUAAUAAUUCGACGGUUUGACGAUGCCAAGAGGCACGUAAAAGCAAUCUCUGCCCCAAAUGUUUCAUAAUAUCUAUUGGCAGUACGUUAUACUCUCGGCAGUAAUGAAUCAAUAUGCGUCCAGUAAGCCGGGUUAACAUGGUCCUGAACCUCCUCCUUCGCGAGCCAUGCGAAAUCCUCAAAUGAAUUGGAAUGAAUCUCAGGUUUUCCACCAAGGAUUCGUGCUUUGAAGAAAAAAGUCU